UUCAAUUCGAGUAGUAAACAGAAAUAUACCUAUGAGUUUUUAACAAAUUAUGGAACGUAUUCUUUCUGGUAUAGCGAAAAUAAAUUUUCAACAAAAUUGUGAAGAUAUUUUGGUUGAAAGUCGUUUGGGUAACAUGGCCGAUCAAUUGCAAGAGAUGUCCAGAACCGUAGAUACAAACGACAAGUGUAAGAAGAACGAUAAUACCACAGAGAGUGAUAUAGAAUCAGAUUUGAACAGUUCCGGCGAAACCAACUUAUUUGGUGAUGAUGAUGCAGAUAGCAGCAGCAGCACUAGCAUAGCCGGUGGCAGUCUUUCACAGCGUCGCAAUUUGCCGCGUCGUGCUUGCAAAGAAAAUAGCUUAAAACUAAAACGACGUUCGAUUGUGAAACCAAAACGCCACAGCUCCUCAAUGACAUGUGAUUUCUCUAUGCUCCGUCCAGCUGAUAUACGUAAAAUUUACUGCAAUAAAAAACUGAAAAGUUUCCGACCCACUUGCUUGGAGACAAUUUUUGAAGACCCACAGCCUGAACCGCGCCGCGGCAAUGAUGCUGUUGCAGCCUGCAAUAGUGCAUUACGUUUAAUUGGUUUACGUAAAAUACGACGUUCGUUAUCCUGUUCAGAUGGUUUGAAUACCAAUAAAGCUUUAAUAAAACAGAGACGUGCUAAAAUAAAAAAAGCCUUUGGACGACGAAGUGCUUGCAAAAAGAUAUCAUUACAUGAUUUCAUCGAUCGUUUGAAUAAAAGUUUCGGCGACGAAGCCGACGUAGAAGAUGCCGAUCUGGAGACUGAUGACAAUAAUCCACAGGAUGUAUCAAUGGAGGCAGAAAUGUGCGUUGUAGCGGCAGAUUCUUCGCUGUCUGCAGAAGCGACCCCAACAAAGACUGAUUUCGCAAUGCAACUGGGAACGGAUUUAGUUGAUGCAAAUCAGUAUAGCAAUCCAAAGGUUGAUAGGGAGGCGUUAUAUCUUGUGUCAAAUAAUUGUGGAACUCUGUCAUAUUCUUCAGAUACCGCAGAUACUAGUUUGAGUACUGCAUAAGUGAAUCAUAAUUAUUUAGAAGUUAUACG